AUGUCGACGGUUGAAAGUUUGGAUGUUAGUUUACUGGAAAAACCCUUCAGAAAUCCGAACUACAAAGCCAAACCAAGACGAAACAGAAACCUUAAACAAAUUGUGCAAAAUGAUCCAGCUAUGAGUGACCCAACUCAAUUAACAUACGUGUCAAUUGAAGCACCUCCCAGCUUUAUUCCCCAAAAGAAAUUUUGUGAUAUUACUGGUCUCCUGGCUCCAUAUACAGAUCCUAAGACGGGUCUCCGCUAUCACAAUGCUGAAAUUUACAGCAUUCUUCAAGAAUUACCUCCUGGUGUCGAUCAACAGUAUCUCAAAAUGCGUUCUUCGAACAUUGUUCUUAAGUAG